AUGAUCAAGGAGAUCAUCGACGCCGUCUCGAUCCCCGUCAUGGCCAAGUGCCGUAUCGGCCAUUCUGUCGAGGCCCAGAUCCUGCAGGCUGUUGGCGUCGACUACAUUGACGAGUCCGAGGUCCUCACGAUGGCCGACGACCAGCACCACAUUGGCAAGCACGCCUUCAAGGUCCCCUUCGUGUGUGGCUGCAAGAACCUCGGCGAGGCGCUCCGCCGUAUCUCUGAGGGAGCUGCGAUGAUCCGCACCAAGGGCGAGGCCGGCACCGGCGACGUCGUCGAGGCCGUCAAGCACCAGCGCGCCGUCAUGGCCGACAUCCGCCGCGCGGCUGCCAUGAGCGAUGAGGAGCUCUACGCCUUCGCCAAGGAGAUCCAGGCCCCCUACCACCUCCUCAAGGAGACUGCGCGCCUCAAGCGCCUCCCCGUCGUCUCGUUCGCGGCCGGCGGUAUCGCCACCCCCGCCGACGCCGCGCUCAUGAUGCAGCUCGGCUGUGACGGAGUCUUCGUCGGAAGCGGUAUCUUCCUCUCCGGCGACCCCGCCAAGCGCGCCCGCGCCAUCGUCCAGGCCGUGACGCACUACAACAACCCGCAGGUGCUCGCCGACGUCUCGUCCAACCUCGGCGAGGCCAUGGUCGGUAUCUCCGUCGCGAACGAGAUCAAGACGGGCAAGGAGCAGGCCCUGUCGCAACGCGGCAACUAA